AUGUUGGGCGGAUGGAGCUUGGACAGGUCGUUUGAACAGAAAGCGACAGGCGCGGUCUCGAGCUCAGGACACGCAGAAGACACGGGAAGACGGCCGCAGACCCCCAGGUUCCGAGGUUUGACGACGGCGACGACCACGGCGACGACCAUCACCGGCACCAGCAGCACCAGCACCUCCCUCGAGCGUGUUCCACCAGCCGCAGCACACCUCUCUCCCACAACGCCUGCCCGCACCACGCCCGCACCAGCGACACCCGCCCCGGUGCGCUGCUACACAAUCCCGCCGCUCGCAAUGCACAUAGCACACGGGCUGUCGCCGUUCCGCGAGGACGAAACGCUUGCCGUGUUCCGCGAGGACGACGACGACCUCGACAGCAGCAGUGCCGGCGGCAGCACCGCCUGGAGGCUGCCGGACUUUGCUGACGACUACUACACAGACCAGGGCAUCGCCGCGCACACGCCCACGUCGCUGCCCGCGACGCGGCACGCGCCGCCCGCGCACGCGCCCAUGCUGGACAUGGACAGCCUGGCGUUCGGCGAGCACGGUUUCGACUCCAAGCACCCCGCGGCGCCGCCGCCGCGCUACGCGUGUCCCACACCGCCGCUGUCGGAGCUCGCGUCGCGCAUGCAGAACCGCACGCCCACGCCCACGCUUACGCCCACGGCCAAGCAGCGCUCGUGCCGCAACUUCUGGUCGGUCGACGGCGACCGCGCGCUGCUGCGCGCCAUGCUACAUCACGAGCACCUGCUGGCUGUCGCGCGCAAGUCGCGCCCGCGCAGCCGCUACUGGCAGACCAUCAGCGAGACGCUGGCCGCGCGCUUCGGCAUGCACCGCAACAAGCGCCAGUGCCGCGACCGCUUCAACCUGAUCUAUUGGAAGGCCGUGCGCGACAGCCACCAGGACCUGUCCGCCGACAGCAAGCUGGCCGGCCUCAUGCGCGAAUGCAUGCGCCGCUUCUACAUCGACAAGGAUAACAAUCUUAUGCUGCGCCCGCAGGCGCCGUCUCCCGCAACGCCCGUUACGCACACGGGGGCGCCCGCGGGCGCGAACGCGGUCGCCGCCGCGAUGCCCGCCUCGCCCGUCCCCAAGCCCCAGCUCGAGCUCCUGGCCCAACUCCAGAGCCAGGUGCUCCAGCUGACCCACCGCAUGGACGACCUGCACCGCGCCCUGGACGCCCACCGCGCGCUCGUGCACCAGCUGGAGCAGAGCCCCGACGCUUGGCCCCACGCGGACGAGCCCUCCGUGGGCGUCGCAGCCCACGGCUAUCAAGAAAGAUGCGCAGGGCGCAUCUUCGGCCUUAACGAUCAAAUAUGGUAA